AGUGUGUGAUGUUGAUGUGACGCAACAACGAUCAGCUGGUUUUGUUUUGCUUCAUUCUCUGUGCUCCGCUUGAAGUCGUAAAUGUACAAAAAACUAGCGUUUUAAUUCAUUAAUGUGAGGCGGAAGAACAGUCGAAGCGUUGGAGUGUAUUCGUCGUCCACUAUACUCGGACCAUCCAGUUUUUCCUCAGUAGGUCUCCGCUUUGGCACUAUCUUUCCGAGCGGUCCAGCCGAUCCCAGGCCUCCGAUCCAGGGCGGAGGGAGGGAAGGAGGUCGCUGGGACUCGGGAUGGAGACCGGAGAUGUUGGGCCGGGGCUGUGCUGCGCCUCCUUCAACCAGGACUCCACGUCUUUGGCUGUGGGCACCAAAACUGGAUACAGGCUAUUCUCUGUGACCUCGGUGGACAAACUGGACUGCAUUCAUGAGAGCAUAGAAACUCCAGACGUGUAUAUCGUGGAAAGGCUUUUCUCCAGCAGCCUGGUUGUGGUGGUGAGUCAGUCCGUGCCACGUCGCAUGAAUGUCUACCACUUCAAAAAGGGCACAGAGAUCUGCAACUACAGCUACUCGAACAACAUUCUUGCAGUGCGUCUAAACAGACAGAGACUGGUUGUCUGUCUGGAGGAAUCCAUUUAUAUCCACAAUAUAAAAGACAUGAAACUCCUGAAGACCCUUCUUAACACACCCUCCAACCCAUCAGGUCUCUGUGCUCUCUCCAUCAACCAUUCCAACUCUUUCCUGGCAUAUCCAGGAAGUGACACCAUCGGAGAAAUUAUUGUCUAUGAUGCCAACAAUCUGAGCACUGUGACCAUGAUUCCAGCUCAUGACAGUCCACUGGCCGCCGUCACCUUCAGCGCUUCUGGCACCAAACUGGCCAGUGCUUCUGAGAGGGGCACAGUGAUUCGUGUCUUCUCCAUUCCAGAGGGACUGCGCUUGUUUGAGUUCCGGCGCGGGAUGAAAAGGUAUGUCAACAUCAGCUCCCUUUCCUUCAGCCCGGAUGCUCAGUUCCUCUGUGCCUCAAGCAAUACAGAGACGGUGCACAUUUUCAAGCUUGAACAGCACAGCCCAAGUGGGGAGGAGGAAGCUCCCUCUUGGUCAGCAUAUGUAGGUAAGAUGUUCACAGCAGCCAGUAGCUACCUCCCAGCGCAGGUGUCAGGCAUGAUGAGUCAAGACAGAGCCUUUGCCACCGUCCGGCUCCAGAUGGCCGGUCAGAAGAAUGCCUGCGCCCUGGCAAUAAUCCAGAAGCUUCCACGUCUGCUUGUGGCCUCCUCUGAUGGGCAGCUAUUCAUCUAUAACAUUGAUCCUCAAGAUGGGGGUGAAUGCACUCUGGUGCAGAAGCACAGGUUGUUUGGCUCAGAUAAGGACUGGGAGGAGACUGAGAAAUCCCAACUCACGGAGCCAGCGCAAGCAUGCCAGUCCUAUGCUGCAACCGUGGCCAUCCCCACCUCCGGACCCGUCACAGCCACUCUCACAGGCUACUCGGAGGACGGCGGAGCUAAGAAGGGUGAGGUGAUUCCCGAGCACGAGUUUGCAGCAGGGCCUGUGUGUCUGGACGACGAAACUGAAUUUCCUCCCGUGAGCAUUCGCUAACCUCCCCACGUCUAAGCGGCGGUGGUGCAUUCCAGUAUAAAUUGGUGCCGUGACGGAUCUGGGCGAGGCAAGGGGAGACGACCGUGAGAGGGUAGAGAACAGGUGGAGGCUACAACUGUCACAGGAGGAUCCUCAGUGCAUGAGCAAGGACAAACAAAUAAAAAAAAAAAAAAACUAACUUCAGGGUGCUAAAUUAUUAAAGGAACGGUUGAAAUGCUAAUAUCUUAAAUUGAGUUGAUCAGGGAUUUGGGUCGUUGUCACUCAGACCCCUGAAGGGUGUGUUAUAAAUGAGGUGCAUGACUGAAAUAUAACCACAUAUUGUUCUAGUUAUGUAACACAUUGCAUUAAUUCAGUUGUAAUACUGUAGCAUUUUAUUCUUUUAAUUUAUAACACCAUCAUCAUAUUGAAUCAUAAGAGAAGAGGAAUUACUUUUUUAUAUAUGUGUUUUGCUGUAUUGAUACUUAAUAUGUUUACAUGUUACCAUCCUGAAUACUAAUACAGCGGGAUGUUUUGUAUGUAUGUGCCUAUGAUAUUAUUUGUAAGAGUGCAGAGUAUUUUGCUGGAUCGCUCAAGACCAAAAGAUAAAAAAAAAGAAGAAAUGAAUUAUGUAGGAAAUCUAUUAGGAAUGAAAUUAUGCAAAACA